AUGCUGACUAAACCCCCGCCGCCGCCGAAAGUCCUCGGCGCGGCGCGUCGUCGUCGCGUCCCCGCUCACAUCCUCGUCCACCAACAGUUGACGACAUCGAUGGCAGCCACGACUACAGACGACAAUGUGGCCGAACCUGCAGAUACUGAAGGCCAGAUUUUUGCCGGAAAGUCCUUCUGGGUCGCCCAGCGCGUCAUAUCGCGCAAUUAUUACGUCGAUUUGAUCAAGAGCAAUGGCGGCACCGUUAUCCAAUUGGAGAAGAAAGCCGACUACAUUAUUGCAGACCACUGCCGACGCGACUGUCCGCCAGGAAGCAUCUCAUACACCUUUAUCGAAAGAUCCAUCAAAGCAGGCGAGAUUCAGGAUCCCAACCACCACCUAGCCGGUCCCGCCCUAGGCACAACCGCGGUUGCUUCCAGCUCGCGGAGUGUACCUGGCAAGAGGGCAAAGUACACGGCUGAAGAAGACCGGAUAUUGUACAAGUGGGUGCGUGACUGCGAGAGCCAGGGGGGGCUCGCCAGCGGCAACGAGAUCUACAAACAGCUCGAGGCACAACAUCCCCAACACCCCUGGCAGUCAUGGCGCGAUCGAUAUGUGAAGCAGCUGCGUCAUCGCCCACCCUCUGCCUUCAACAUCCCCGACAACGCUCUUCCGUCCCCUCCUACCGAUGAAUCCAAGAACAAACCAAAAACCGCUGCUAGGCCAGCACUAGAACAAGGGGCAGCGUCUUCCUUAGAGAAAGUGACCUCUACCAACAACAAGAACAUAGCUCUGGGAGAACUAGAAAAGCUGUUCAGCUCUGGUGAUUGGGAAGAGAUGUAUGCUUUCAAAGAGGAGAUUACGAACCUCGAGGGCGAGGAACACAUUAACGCCUGGAAGUCGUUCGCGGAGAAGAGAUCCCAGUCUGCUACGCUGUUGCAACAGUACUUCGAAAGGAUAGUGAAGCCGCAAUGGGACAGCGACCCCGACUGGAAGCAUCGUGAGAUCAAGAAAAGAGUAAAAGAAAGAUUCGGAGACAGCGGUGGCAGUCAGGAAGCAGCUCCAAAGGAAGAUCUGGAUAAUAGUGUCACAGAACAUAUCCCCCUCGAAAACCCCAUCUCGAAUGCUGAAUUUCCAUAUCCAUCUCUUAAGGGCAAACGCAAAUGGGACGACAUGGAUGAUGCUCGCUUCGAAGAGCAUCUCCAAAACGAUCACGAGGGGAAAGCUUCCCCCGCUUACAUAUUGUUCGCCCAGGCUCGAAAAUAUGACGUGUGGCAGGAGCAGCCUGGUCUAGACUACGAUGAGCUGCAUAGGAUCCUCCUAUCGAGAUGGAAUGUUCUUUCACCUGAAGAGAAAGCCCGCUUCGUUGUUGAAGCUGGCGAGAAAGCCUCGGGCAGAAAUGAAUCUAUACAGAAGCCGCCAAAAGUGCAGCUGUCCUCUACAGCUGCGCACAAGACGCCAGAAUACAUCACCGAAGUAUACGAAAAGACAAUCGGAGUCUGUCAGGAAGAAAAGCAUAAAACGGAAGCAUCAGAGGAUGAGAGUCCUCCCCCCACAAAACGGCAGAAGAAUACCCACACGCCUUCACCCCAACGCACAUCAAGAACACGGGAGACGAGUCUGCCAAAUGCGACACAGCAGCACCCUUUUGAGAUCUCCUCAGACCAUUCUUCAUCUCCUCCGUUCGAAACUGAAACAAAGGCAAUCGAAUCCGAUGAUUUCAAUUCUGACGUCCCUUCUGCACCCGCCAGUGCAGACGACUAUCCUUCCAACACACCCACCCCCCGCGCCUCGCGCUUCCAAGCCGCAGACCCAUUCAACACCCAAGAUAUACUUUCCUCGCCCAGCACUUACUCCAUCUCUGCCCUCCCCCUACCUGAAAAUCUUGACGCCGACGAUGAAGAUCCCGGCAGUCCCACCCUCGUGUCCAUGUCGCCCAACUUCGAGAUGCCAUCCGAUGCAUCGACGACAUACUCACUACAGGAAUUCAGGCGCUCACUGAAUUCUGACCACAACGCUUUCAUCUACAACCCUGCAGAACAGCAAGUCUCAACUCAACCCCGAAUACCGUCCUCACCGCAACGCCUCGUUCUAAAUACGACCCCGACCCGCAGAAGGUCACUUCCAUCAUCACCUGCACAUACACUCGCCCCUCUCCCUCUCCCCACAUCUUCUGAUAAGCCUUCUUCGCCUACGUCCUCAGUAGCGUCCAUUUCAUCAAAUAUCGAUCCAGAUGUACCCCUUACAGCUGAUGAGGUUGAUGAUUUCUUCACCUCUCACGAACGCUUAGGCUACGCCGAAACCCACAUCGCUGCUGCUCUCAAAUGUACACGCUUCCGCCCUUCUCUUGCGACAUCCGUGCUUCAGUGCUGGGAGAAAGGGGAAGAUACGCCGCAGGGGCAAAGGGGCGUGUGGAGCGAUCAAGAUGACAGGGAUCUUGAGGGUAGAGAUCAAACAAAGGUAGACAUGUUGGAGAGAAUACAUACCCUGUUGGGGUGGGGUGGGGUAGAGGAGAGAAGAAGGUUCUUGGUGCAAUAUCGGAACGCAUAG